ACUCACACUCCAUCCUUUACUUCUCUCUUUUCUUUUCAUUCUUCCGAUCCCUUAAUCCCAUAUAUAUAUGCAUCGUCUUUUAUCUGGGGCAGCGGCGUCGUCUGCAUCUUGCACCAAGCAAGUGCACUGCAGUUCUCUGCAGCAUGCUGCCGUAUUAUGGUGGCUAUUAUUGGUCAGAGUACGUUGAACAGUAUCACAGAGCACGCCGGCUAGAGAACGAGAAGCGGCGGCUGGAGAACGAGAAGCGUGCGCUGGAGAGGCAACUAGCGGAGAAGACGAGGGACGCUCAGGUGUCCUCCACCCAGGUCUUCACGCUGCAGCACAAGGUGCGAGAGCUGGAGCAGAGGAACACCGGACUGUCCGGGGACCUGGCGAAGCAAAGGGAGGACACGAGGAAGGCCGGCCUGCUGUUCAUGGUUGCCGCCGACAGGUACCAAGAGGAAGCCCAGAAGCAAAUCAGGGCCAAGGCAGAGGAACUGGCCGACACGAGGAAGGCGGGCCUGGCGCUGAUGAACACCGCCGACACCUACCAACAAGCGGCGAGGAAGCAGAUGAAGGAGAAGGCGGAGGAGCUGGAGGUCGCGAGGAAGGCGGUUCUGGCGCUCAUGGAAGCGGCCGACGCGUACCAACAGGAAGCGAAGAAGCAGAUCAGGGGUAAGGUGGAGGAGCUCAAGGUCAUGGCGGCGCAGAAGGCGGAGCUUGAUGCCAGGGUGGAAGCUUUGGAGUCGGGGCUCGGGGCAGCUCUGGCGAAGAACCGGGAGUUGGAGGAUGCUUAUGGUAAGGUGGAGGCUCAGAAUGGUAAGCUUCGGAUGGAGGUUGAGAGGUUGGUGAUGGAGUUAGGUGCAUUGCCGGAGGAGAAAGAUAUGCAGCCAUUUCAUGCUGGGAAGGAAGAAAUAGUCUUGUUCAAGGAAUUGGAGGACCAUAAGAUGAAGGUGGAGGAGGUAACUCAAGACAACAACAAGGGAUUUGGGGAUGGUGAAAUGAUAGCAUGACCGUCCUGAGACCCGCGCGCGAGAUGGAUCCACUCUCUUGCGUAAAUUACUAAAGUUCUAAUAAAUUACUGAAUAAUUAAAUAAAUAAUUAAGUAAUGAUUGAAUCAUUAUGGUUUCCUUCUGCACUGCUGAACAGAUAAUUAUAACAAUUCUAUUUAAUAAUUAUUGUACUUGUGUUGUCUUUUUAUUGAAAAAUAUUGUCGUUUAUCCGUAA